CUCUUAAAAAAAUGGGUUCUUGGGGGUGCUAUAUAGAACCAUGCAGGUUCUUAGCCAAGUAAAUUGAACCUUUUGCCUAAAAAGGGUUCUAUUUCAUGCACGCGAGGGUUAUUUGAACUUCAACGAAUUUUUAUGGAACCAUUCUGGACUUGAUUUUAACGAUUAUAAUGGUGGACAAAUGGACCAAAGACGAGGUUGGCAAGUGGCUCCAAAGUUUGCAUUUGGUUGAUUACAAAGAAACCUUCAGAGAACAGGACAUUGAUGGGGAGACACUCCUGGGCCUGACUGAAAGGAUGGUGGAGAAACGUUUCCCUUUAAUGAAGUCACAGGUGAUGUUUAUGAAGGAGCUGAAUAAAUUAAGAAACUCCCAGAACUCCCAGUCGUUCCCAGAACAGUAUCCCAGUCACAAAAUGUAUGGAGAUGUCCUGGGGAGUUUGAUUACAAAAUUUCCAUUCUUAAGAGAUGGCAGUUCAUCUGGACAUGAGACAUUGCUAGAGUGCCUCCGUAACAAAUUCAAGAAGGAAAGGAUUCCACUUGUGCACAACUCCACAGUCCUCCAAAUGAAAAAAAAGUAUGGAACCAAACAACGAAUGGUGGAGCACACAUCCUAUGUGGACACUACCAUCGAACCUGAGCUGGCAAAAAGGAGAGCAGAAUUACUGGAUUAUUCAGCAUCACACAGUAACUCCAGUUCCUCGCUUGAGGUUUUAGAGCUGGAAGCAGUUGGAGAGGAUGACACCAGUUAUCAAGAGCACCUGAAUUUCAUCUUAAGGGAGUUGGCCAAGAAGCAACCAAAUUUGGCAGAAAUUAAAAUCAGGAUGAGGAGGACGCUAUUUAAGCGCAUUGAAGCAAUGACUCUCCCAACAAAGAAAGUCAUGGAGAUUUUUCCAUUUCUUGGCAUCCCACAGCUAAUGCAUCAUGAGAUGCAAAUGAAAUUUGGGAUAGACAUGGACAGGAGCUUGCAAACUGCAAUACACGAGUUGGCCCCAAGAAUCAUCAGGGUGGUGAAGGAGGGCAGCCAGAAAAGGUUUUCACCCUCCCUCCUUGAGCCAACAAAUGAGAGAUUAGAAGAUGCUGCACUGCUGUUGCUGCCGGAACUCUUCAAGGAGAAAACAGAGUUUUUAUACUCUGUUGAAGAUGAAGUCCACCCCUGCCCAACUGUCGUUUUCCAUGGCUCCCUCAAUGUGCUCAAGGCAGACACCAUCAGCAUCAGGCUCGAUGGACUAACAUUAACCACUGGGAAAAUGACCAUAGCCGAGGCACUCGAGUACCUCUUCAGCACUUAUUUCCUGUUCAAUGUAUCAUAUCCCGCCCCUCUUGUAAAUACUUUAACAUUCAUUCAGAUAUUUUUAUUCCAACUCUGUCCUAACAAGAAAAAUGUACAACCAUUUUAUGUCAUUUGA